AGUAACAUACCGAGAGUGCAUGCUGCAUACUUCUCUGCCAACUCAUUAGCUUCCUCAAAAGUCUCAUUACUGGUGAAUCAUGGAGCUGCUUGUAAAUGUAAGAAAAUGGAUAGAAGAAAACAAAGCUGCUUUUUUGCCCCCAGUGUGCAAUAAGCUUAUGCACUGUCAGAAGCUGAAUGUGAUGUUUGUUGGAGGACCAAACCAAAGGAAGGAUUAUCAUAUUGAAGAAGGAGAAGAGUUAUUUUACCAGGUGGAAGGAGACAUGUGCUUGAAGAUAAUUGAAAAUGGAAACCGCAGAGAUAUCCACAUCAGAGAAGGGGAGAUGUUUCUCCUACCUGCCAGGAUACCACAUUCUCCUCAGAGAUAUGCAAAUACUGUGGGACUCGUGAUUGAGAGGAAAAGGCUAAACACAGAAACAGAUGGACUUAGAUAUUAUGUUGGAGAAUCAACCAACGUCCUGUUUGAAAGAUGGUUUCAUUGUGAGGAUCUUGGCACACAACUUAUACCGAUAAUCCAAGAGUUUUUCAGCUCAACACAAUAUCACACUGGAAAACCAAAUCCAGAUGAUCUCCUGAAAGACACCCCUUUCCCACUAAAUGCCACUGGAGUCAUGGAUCCAUUUUCCUUCCAAAUCUGGCUAAAUGAUCAUCGUGGAGAAAUAAAUCAGAAGAAAUCCUUGACCAUGUUUGGAGACAAUUUUGAGACAGAGGCUGUAGUUUAUGGACAAGGAGUAAGUGAAGGAAGCAAAAAGAAUACCGAUAUCUGGAUAUGGCAGCUGGAAGGCACAUCGGUUGUUAUUAUGGAUGGUAAAACACUGAGUCUAGCUGCUGAUGACAGCCUGCUCAUCCCCGCCCUGUCUAGGUACCACUGGAAGAGAGCGGAAGGAUGCAUUGCUCUUUACAUUACUCAAGACCCAAUACGCAAAAGACCCUAUGCCUAAUUUCUGGGAACAUAAACUAAACAUGGAUGAUCAAAAACUUUAUCCCACAUAGAUAAUUUUAAAGAUGUUGCUGACAGGGCUGCUCAGAAACUGAAUUACUUGUCUAAUAAAAAGGUUACAAUGAAA